UUUUGUAGAUACAGACUAACACGGCUACCCCCUGAUACUUGACAUAAUCUGGUAUGACAUUCUUGUUAAAAUCUCAAGUGUAAGCAAAAUAAUGCAGAGUCCAGUGAUGCAGCUUGAUUCAACACUUACCUUACUAAACAACGCACAAGACUUUUUAGUGAAAUACAGAGAAAAUGGAUUCAGAGAAGCACAGGUUACAGCAAGAGAGUUUGCAGAGGCACUCGGUGUAGAAUCAGAAUUUCCAUGUCUGAAUGUGAUGAGUUUCGAGGAAAAAAAUGGCAAGCGGAAUAUGAAGGAGCAGAUGAGCCCAUUAGAAGAUCCAGAAAAGAAAUUUGAGGUUGAAUUUUUUAAUGUGAUGGAUAAAGCAAUAUCUGCCAUUGAUGAAAGGUUUAAUAUCUUACAAGCACACUAUGAACAGUUUGGAUUUUUGUAUGACAUAACUAAAUUCAGUGAAAUAGGAAAACAAGAGCAGCUAAUGACAAAGUGCAAGAACCUAGAGAGCCUCCUGAAGCAUGGUGAUAGUUUUGAUUUAAAUGGACUUGAACUGUACGAAGAAUUGAGUACAUUAUCAGUGUUGCCACAUGCAAAGUUGGUGGUGGACAUUGUACCGUUUAUUCAUACCAGCAAACUUGUUGACAUAUAUCCUAAUGUGUACAUUGCCACUCGUAUUCUACUGACAAUUCCUGUAACAGUAGCAUCAGGAGAACGGAGUUUCUCAAAACUAAAGCUUGUUAAAAACUAUCUCCGCUCUACAAUGAGUCAGGAAUGCUUGACUGGUCUUGCUCUUCUUGCAAUCGAACAAGACAUCACUUUGUCUUUGUCAUACAAUGACGUUAUUACUCUUUUUGCAGCCAAAAAAGCCAGAAAGAUUGCUUGCACAGGAACUGAGAACAGGGAGACUGAGAGCAUGGGAAAGAAGAUGCCUUCUGCUGGCACACAGCGAGCAUGGAGUGGAAGAGGAAGCAGCCUGACUCAGACGUAA